AAUGUCAGCGUUGGCGUCCCUGCAACGCAGCACGCGCGUCGUUCCAGUCCACACGCAAAAAAACAAACCCACCAGAACGGCCGAUACAGUGAAAGCCGCCGCGUGCCCGCAAUGGUGCUCCUCAACUGGCAGUGGUGCAGCAGUGGUGCCGACCGGUCGUCCGAGGGGCAUGACUGAGGACCGGCUGAGCCAUGCCCGUCAGCACAGGACAAACGUUGGAACCACGCGCCAAGAGGUGCAAGCUUUGCGACGAAUCGAAUCACCGUAGUGAAUCGGGUAGCGGUUACUGGGAAUUGCAGCUGGACAGGGACCUGGUGGACACAAUCUCGGCCAUCUAUCCGGAGUGGUUCAAGAGCGCCGCCGCUACGAUGGCGGACAGCGGCGGCGGCAGCGGUUUGGUGACGAGCGGCGCCCAGACGGCUGGCGCGUCGUCGUCUCCGCCACGCACGACCGCCCUACUCAGGGAUUCGCCGCCCAAAGCGGUCAUCGACACGUCGCCCAUACACAUCGACCAGAAUAAAGAAUCCCUCAAGGUGAAGUUGCUGCUGAGGAGGCCGUUCAAUCAGCUGGUCGACCAGGGCAUCAUGCCGCCUCACAAAACGCCAGCUGCGUACCAUGGCCAGCGCCGACAGCUGGAACGUGCGAAAACGGGUGACAUGCUGAAGGCGAAAAUCCAACAGCGACCGCCCAGGCAGGAGUUGGAGAGGCGACACAUAUUGGAUGCGGAUCCAGCCCACGUGGACCCCAGCCUGGCCGAAAAACAGCGCAUGCUGAAGAAGGCCCGUCUGGCUGAUCAGCUGAACGACCAGUUGUCCCACAGGCCGGGACCACUCGAACUCAUCCAGAAGAACAUACUGCACACUGAGGAACCGAUCGAGCAGGCCGUCAAAACUGGACGGAUCCCAUACAAGGCCACCAGCGAGGGACAGCUCAACAGGCCGCAGCAUCCCCACAGUUAUAUCACGCCGGAGGAAGACUCUCAGAGCUCCGAGGGCGACAUAGUGAGCCCGGCUCCUAGUGACGUACUUGAAACUGCGGCGAAAUCCGCUGGUAUAGUGGUGUCGUUGAUACAACCUACUGAUGGGACAGUUGUCGUGACGACCGCCGCGCCGGUUCUCAAAGACAAUAGUGAGCUUGUGUUCGCUGAAAUGUGUCGGUCGGUAACCGCUCCGUUACUGUCACAAGGCUCCGCUUCCAGUCCAGCUUCUCUUGUGUCCUCCACGUCGACGCUAAGCCCGUUGUCUUCAGUAGCUAGUCCAGUCCCAUCCAUAAUAUCUCAACCGGCAACACCUGUACCUGUUCCUCCGCCACCGCCACCAAUGAAUUUAGUAUCACGUGCUAUACCUUCGCCAGCCAAAAGUGAUGCUCCAGGCAAGGACAAGAACAGGAAAAAGUCAAAGUCUAAAUCGGCACCUAAGACCCGAACCAUCAAAUUCCACGAGUACAAAGGUCCGCCAAGUGCUCAGAAAAACACCAACGCAGCUGCGAACGCCGGAGAAAGUUCAUAUGAUCUCCUGCUCCAACAGCAAACUCUGUUGCUUCAGUUCCAACUGCAGCUCCAACACAAGUAUCCAAAAAUUGUUUUGCCCGUCUCUCAGAAAGCUCAAACUAGCGAAAGUAAUAACAAUAACAGUCACUUAAACAAUCAGCAACCAUCUCCCGCAGCCUCUACCUCUUCCGAAUCUUCGACCCAGGCCCGAUUGUCGGGCAGGCUCGAGGACAUGAAAGUUAGUGAUCUAAAAGCAGAAUUAAAACGCCGCAGCUUGCCAGUCUCCGGAUCCAAACAAAAUUUGAUCGACAGAUUAAAAUCCUUUACAGGUGAAAUCAUUAAUCAUGGUGACACAGUUCAGGGUAAUUCGAUGGAUCAAUCGCACAACUCGCCACCAUAUCAAAAUGUUGAUUCUCCCCAGGACUCCUUGCGGGAUGAUCAGUCUGACAAAAUGGAAAUUGGUGAUCCCAGGAGUCCUGAUCCUUCCCAUUUACAAGACGUUAAGUCCCCCCUGCAGCUUCAAGAAAGCGCAAUGAAAACCAAUGAGGAAAUUGUAAGGGACCAGCAGAGGAAAAUUGAGGAGUUACAAAGGGAACUGACACUGUCGCAGUUGAAGUUACAGGCUGCCACGCGAAGUGAACCCAAAACUCAGAUAAUUGCUUUGCAAAAACACCUACAAGCCAGACAGCAACAACAGACUCAACAGAACCUAGCGGAACAGAUGAGGCAACUACAAGCAUUACAAGCUAGACAGUCACAGGUUAAUGAGGAACAGCAGAGGCUACAACAGCAACAGCACGUCGCAUUUCAAAAUCAAAAAAAUCUGACAAAUGGGUUGGUGCUGAGUGGUCCAGAGGCCACGUUAGUUUUUAAUCAACUCCUACAGGGUAAGGCGAAGGUAAUUAACGGUCACAACCGCACAAAUUCAUUGCCGAGCUUCGUUAACAUUACUCCCAUACUGGCCGCAACUGAAUUGAAACCAGCUGUAAAGAUUGAGACUAACGAAGAAGUGAAACCGCCCCCGCACUACGAGGAGGCCACAAAACAGAUCAAUAAAAAGAACAACGUUAAGAGUCAAAUUGUAGACGAUGUGCUGGAAAUUUUGAUAAAGAACGGCGAGUUGCCGCCGAGUGCCGCCAACGAUCCGGCCACUCCUGUGUCCGCCAACUCCAUCAAAGCUGAGCCUGUGUUUCCGAAUGCUCCACCUCAACAAGUCCAAGUACCUACCCAACAACAACAACCGCAGACCAUGAACGAGACGCAAAUAAAUGCGAAUGCGGAACCCAACAGUCCGGAAAACGUUCUAGGACUGGACGCCAACGACCUGAUCCUGGACUCCAUCGGACUGGACAAUAUCGAUUUCUCCCAAUUGGAAAUGGAGCUAGGCGAGAACCAACAGUCCGGCGACAACAACAACACCAACAACGACGACGACGACGUGGUGCCCAUGGACACCGACGAAUGGCUGGAGACGUUCUUGCGGAGCGAGAACACAUUCAACGGCAACAGCGGCCCGAACGUGACGCAAAUGUCGGCCCAGUCGUCAGAUUUGGGUUAUGAUCCGUUGCUGGGCCUCGCACAGGAUCCCUUCGAUCCGUUCAAUUUGGAUGAAUUCCGCACGCCCGCCGACUUGACAGCGUCGCUAUCGUGGGACAAAAUUGAUUACGCCACGUAGUUUCCUGUUAAAUAUUCGGUUAAUUCCAGUGAUGUGUGAUUCCACUUGGUUACUUAAUUGACAUUCCACGUUUUAAUCGGCCGCCAAGAUCGCCCUAGAAGGGGGCGCGGGACCAGGGUGGCCCGAACCGGCCAGGGAACACAUCAAACCGUACAGAAAAAGUGGAUCAGGUGCAGGGCACUUCGGGAUCUCGAUGAGCGGUAAGAUGAAUCUGAUCAACUUAAUUAUUGAUAUUUGAUCACAGAAUUUUUGUUCUUCACUCAUGCGCACAUUUUUUUAUGUUUCUGAACCUUAAUACUCUAUUAUGUGAAUAUUGUUAAAUAUUUAUCACAUAUAAGAGUUAAAACCUGACUCAAUUUUUAUUAUUUUAUACUGAAUAAAGUUGAUAUUUAAUAUUUUCAUAGCACUAUGAAAAGUAGACCGGAGCUCCCUAAGCUUUAAAUAUAAUUUAAUUGAAAUUAUAAUUAUAAAAUUGGUCAAUAUCAUUUUUAAGUUUAACCAAAACAAUAUUUAUAAACAUUGUUCAUAUAGGGUUGAUCUCUGAGCAUUUUCACUUACCGUCGAGAUUCUUCAAGACUGCUAUUUUAUACUUUUUCUGUAUGAAAUUGUAAAUAAUAAGAUGUAGAUAGUAGACAGCUUAGAAACUUGUAAAUAUAGAAUAACACUGAUUUCUAGACAAGUUUAGAACGCAAAUAAUAUUUUUGUAAUUAAAAGUAGGUUGUUCUACAUAAUCUUUGUAUUUUAAGUUAUUUAUUACUCAGUUCCAAAUAUAUUUUUUUUUAAUUUUCAAUCGUCAUGGAAGCAAUCAAGAUUUGAUAAUUACUUGAAAACGAUGAAAGGAAGGAAAAUUAGUUAAAAAUAAUUGGUGACUUGAGUUUUAUGUCACGCAGAAUAUUUUGUAAUAAUUUUAAAUAAUGAAAUUAUUCGCUAUUUUAUAUAAAUUUAGCUUAUUAUAUGAUUAUGUAAAAUUUUAAUUUACAAAUUGUUCUGCCUACUUUCCAAACUUGAGAUUUUUUAAUUCAAGAAAAAUCGCUAGUCAUUUAACUUUUUAGUGGUAUAAAACGUUUCGACUUAAUCGACACACAAACCAGAAUACUCAAAAUAUUAAUUUUAUUAGAUUUUAAUUUUACAUUGUUUUGGACCAAGUGGCAAAAGUGAAGCUAUAAGUAUAAUUAGGAAAUUAUUUAAAGUAACGUUAAGGAAUUUUAAGAACUGCAGUUUUGUAUUUAUAGAAAUAAGUGUGUAUGGAGCCAAUUUUUUUAUUUGAUUUUGGAAAAAUUGGUUCUGUUUUAUUAAUAAUUCCAAGAAAAUGCCUUGUAAUAUAAAUUGUAAAGUAUACAUUUUAAGGGUAAGAGAAAGAGUGAUAAAACAAAAGAAAUUAGGGGCCUUCUAAAAUUGUCUAGACUGUGUUUAAAUAAUCAUAAUAAUUGUACAGUUUGUUUUGUGACAAAGCCAUGAUUUUUAUCUUUCCUGAUUACAUUUUGGAACUCUUUAAUGAAAUAAAACAAUCAAUAAUUUUAGUAAUAUAUUUUUUUGUGUAUAGUUUUACAAUUUGUUUUCAGGAUUGGUUGAAUUUGUUAAAUUAUUCGAAUGUUUAACGUUUACUUUGUUGACUAUUUGUAUGUAAUCAGUCACAUUUUGACUGAAUUAAAGGAUUGUCGUGCUACUAGAUACGCCUAAAUGUGCAACAAGGUUGUCAUUAAAUUAAUUUAAAUUAAUUUUGUUAUUAUUUUGUGUGCGUGUGAUCUAAUAAAAUUGUAAUGUUUCAAAAUGACUUUCUCUACAGUUCUUAAGAGAAUUGAGCACAAUUUUUGAUUUUCUAUUAGACGAAUAGACUUGGUUAGUAAUGUACAUAAUACUUUGAAGGCUGUUUGGUACUUAAUUUUUAUUUAUUAUUGUCGAUAUAAGUUGAUUUUGGUGUAGUAAAUUUAAGAUUUUGUUUUGUAUAACUUUAAGAAAUUUAUAAUCUCUUUAAUGAUUACCUUGUACAUUUGAUGCCUUAUAUAAUUAUUACAUACGUAAUAUAUACAAACAAAAGUUUGUGUUUGAAUGUUAUAUUUCAACCCAUACUGUUUUAUUUACUUUUUUGCUAUAUAAGUGCUAUGUACCUUUAUCCAUAAACAGUAUGUGGGUGAAUAAGCUUCAAUCAUAAAAUAAUAAAAUCAUUAAUGAAAACAAA